UGUUAUUUGUUAGUUUUAAUCCGACUGUACACUACUUUGAAAGGAUGAACCUCAGUUUUGUGAUUUAGACCUCACUUGACCUCACUCCCAGAGGUCCACGGUUCAAUGUUUUUUUUCACCACUGGGAUGCUGACGGCGUUACCCGCCUACAUUUUUUUCCCUUGAGAACCCCUGUUGCAGACCAACUUCGGAAAACUGUAGUUCCACCGUAGAAACGCUAGAGGUCAGCAAUACUCCCCGUCGCGCAAUGACGUCGGUUGGGAAAAGUGUAGUCGAAUUCAUUUUAAACAGCGCUGUCUUUUCCUAUGUUCGAAAGGAAGCACAUUUUCAUCCCUCCUUGACCCUAUGACGUUUUCCACAAAGGUUAAGUAAAGGAUAGGAGAUUUAACUAUUCGUAGAGGAAUAGGGACACAGCUAAGGAGUCUCACCCAUGGUCUCACCGCGUCCGCCAUCUUGUCGUCACGUGACAGCACUUGGACGUUGGAUGUCCAUGUCCGACCUACAGGCUGCAGCGAGACCUUACGAGAGGCCGCGGGGAUGGCUCCAUGUAUCCGCUGCACACAGUGCAAUCUGCUGAACCGCCAGAAGAGGACGACGUGCAACGCAUUUAACACCGCUCAGUGUGGACACUGCCUUCCCGGGUUCUAUGAGCUCAGGAGUAUGAGGGGGCAGGUUGACCCUUCCUGUGUCCCCUGUAAUAAACUUGCCAUCCAUACAAGUUGUUUGCGUUUAAAACAUCAAGACUCUAAAGCACAAGGUAACAAGACACAAUCCAGAACGGUUUCCAUGGUUCUAGUUGGCUCGGCCACAGCUGCUUCGACGUUCCAGAUUAUCCUCAUACACCCUGCGGCCACACACCCACCACAGCUCCACACACAGCUGAGGGCUCCUCUUCUUCCUCCUCUUCUUCCCCCAACUCCUCCCAGCGAACUGAUGCCAUCGAGCAGGGAUAACGAGGUCCCUCCUGCUUCUAUUGUCAUCAACGUGACCAUUAAUAUCAAGCCCUCUGGACAGUAUGAGAACGCUCUGUGUGGAGAAACAGGACCAGACAGCAGAUACUCCACACAGCAGAUGGAGCAACACCUGCAGACAAUAUGGGACACAGCUCAAGGUCAGAGCAUCGACUUGCUGUACUACGACGCAAUCCAGGACAUGUCCCUGCUGCUGGGCUCCGCAGACCAUCGGGGCAGUGCCUUGCGGAGGUUCGCUCGUUUCCUUGGAGUCCCCCCUCAAAUCCUGGCCCACCUCCAUAGCGCCCCAAACUUUUUCCAUUACCUCCGUGCCUCCACCUAUAUACUGCUGCCCCAACUGGCUCAGGCUGCAGCACUCCUACCCUGCCCAGGGGUCGUUGCUAGGAUACACCAGGCCGUAAUGAAUAAGUGA